CUGAAUUUACAGGAACCGGAAGUUGUGGCCGAAGUUGUGCUGUAUUAUGCAAUUAUGACAAGAACAAAAUGUGAAUAUUCUUAAUCAAAUUCUCGAGCGAGAAAGCGACUUAAAAUGGCUGCAUGUAGUUACCGAUUGAUGAGCACUUUCACAGGGGCUUGUAGACGUUCGUCAUCAGUGCUAACCCGUAACAGAAUUCAGCAAUGGAAAGCACCCUCAACCAGUGUAUCUAGGAUUCAAUUCAAAUCGACAGGAGCCGAAGUAAAAGAAUCAAACCAACCUGACAUCAAAUUGAGUGAUAGCUGUGUAAAGCAAUUGCACAAGCUUGGAGAGGACAACAAGUUUCUGAGGAUCCUUGUUGAAGGAGGAGGAUGUUCUGGUUUUCAGUACAAAUUUGAAUUGGAUUCUGAAAUGACAGAUGAUGAUAGGGUGUUUGAGAGAGACGGUGCUAAGGUAGUAGUGGAUGAUGUAUCAUUAGAAUACAUCAAGGGUUCAACCAUAGACUACCAUGAAGAGCUCAUCAGGUCGGCCUUUAGGGUGAUGGAUAAUCCUGGAGCAGAGAUGGGCUGUUCCUGCGGCGCUUCGUUCUCUUUCAAACUCUGACAACCCCCCCCCCCAAUAAACUGUUGGAAGGAUUUCAGUGUGAUGUCUUCAAGAAAUUAGGAUCACAAUGGAUUGUUAUCAUCUAAUAUAUUAAUGUGUGAAUGGGAUCCAUAGCAUUGAGAGUAAUGGUUUCUUGGAAAUCACCACUGCCCGCCACGUUCUGUCUGUGCUCCUAGAACUUGUUCUGAUUCAUGUGAUCCACUAUACACUGUACAUAAUCCAACAGGCUAGAUUGCCCUGCAUGUCGGCUUACCUGCAUUCAUCAGAAAAUGUGGUUUAACCCAUUUCCUAUUCAGUUUUGAUGUGAUGUCAUCUCCACAGUGAACUGUGAAACAUUUGAAAACCCACCAUGAAGUUCAAUUUAAAAAUGUUGUGUGCAGCAAUGAAGAAUGAAGUUGUAUUUUUAAGUGAAAUAUUUAGACACUAGAUCAAUAUUUGUGCAAUGUAGAUAAAGGAGACUUAAAGAUAUCAGUUACUUGUACAAGGAGAAAAAAUUGCAUGGAGUCUCUGGGUGAUUUAGCCCUGGAAAUGAUAAAAAAAAUAGCCCUGAAAAUCCCAAUGCACUGCAGUGUUAUUAUAUCUAAUGCAGAUUUGAAAGUAGCCCCUAAAAAUAAUACAAAAAACUAACAUUUUGUUCAUUUUACCUGCCUUCUAUCUUAUGUUUGUUGAGCAUGCAAUAAGCAUGCAAUUGCUUAUUGCCUUGAAUUCUUCUACUACUAUAGUAUCAGGGAUACUCAUGAAUAGAGGCUCACCCCCGGUUUUUGCUGUUCUUAUCUUUAAUGGCAUUCAUUGUAUAUUUUUUUACUUUUUAUUUGCAGGCAAUAUGACCUGAUGUUGGCAAUUAUCCUGUUGCUUAUGUACAUGUACAUG